CUUUAUUGUAGUCCGUCCAUAAAAAAUUUAAAUUUCUCAAAAUUCUGACAGAAACCAUAAAUAAUGAAUUCACAGCAUAGAAUCCAAUUUGAUGCAUUUUCACGAAAAGUCUGUGAUAAUCAAAAGAAUCAAGAUUAUGAGUAUGCUAGCCAGCAAAUACAACGAAAUUCAUCGUCACGUCAUCUACAAAAAUUACUUAUUGAGGAACAAAAAGAGAGAGAAUUGGAAGAAAAGUUGCGUAAAAUUGAACUAGAAAAGGCUAGACAUGCUGAACAAUUGAAAAUCGAUCAAGAAAGAUCACAUGAAGUUAUGCUACAAAGAAGAAAGGAAUAUCAUGACAAAAAAAUGCGUCAACAAGUCCGUGAGAAUAAUCAGGAACUUAGAGAGCUCGAAUCGAGGCUAAGGUCAGCUUAUGUUUCAAAAGCUUUAGCACUUCAGAAAAAGGAACAAGAGACAUUAAGGGAAGUGGAAAGAUUACAAGAAAAACAAGAGAAUGAGGUCCUUGAGCAAGCUAGACUAGAGCAUUUAAGGCAGUUGGAUAUAAAACGACAAAAAGACAAGGAACGCAAACAGCAACUUCGUGACGAUUUACGGAACCAAAUUAUCUCAGCACAUCAACAAAAUCAACUACUUUAUGAGCAGUUUCUUAAAGAAAAAGGAUAUUUGGAUGAAAUAGCUCGUCGUAUCCAAGAAGAACUGCUUGUGGACGCAGCAAAGAAGAAAAAUGCAAAAGAAAGAACAUUAAGGGAAAUGGAAGCAUUUAAAUUAGCCAAGAAAGAGAUGGAAAGGAUACGACAAAUAGAAGUUGACGAAGAAAAUGUACGAAUUAAAAACUACUGCGAGGAACGUGACCAAAAAAUUACUGAGGACGAGAGACGCUGUCGUGAACUUGAACAAAGGCGAGACUGCUUGAAUGACAAAAUGGUUAAAGAGUUGACAGAAUUAAUCGAACGUAAGCAUGAACGAGAGCAUUUACUGCAAGAGCUGUGGGCAUUCGAGGAAAAUGAAAAGAUCGAAGAACAAAUGCGAAAUAAAUUGGAAUUCCAGUUGAGACAACGUAUUGAAGCACGUUUGAUAUUAGAGCAACAGUUGAUGGACCAGAAGCAACGAAAGGAACGGGAAGAGAAUGAUGAAAAAAUAUUUUGGGAGAAACAAUUGCAAAUGUUAGCAGAACGUGACAAAAUUGAACAAUUAUCGAAUGAGAAAAGGCGUAGAAAAAUUUUGGAGCAUCGCAAGGCCAUUCAGGAGUUACUUGAACAAAGAAAGCUUCAAAGAGUUGAAGCUCUGGCAACGGAGAUAAGAAUGCGUGAAAUUGAGGAACAAGAUGAGAAGAGAAAACAAGAGAUUGUGGAAGAAGAACGCAUUAAAAUAAUUCAAGAGCACGCUGGAGCAUUAAUAGGAUUUAUUCCGAAGGAUAUUCUACGUGAGACUGAUAAACAAAAUUUCUCAUUUGCAGGCAUUCUGUAAGAUUUUUUAAGCAUAUUAAAUUUCGAUAAUAGAUUUUCUACGCACAUCAAUAAAUA